UUCUUUCCUUAAUUUAAAAAAACCGUAAUUUUCUCACAUUAAUUUACAACCGUCCGAUCUUUUUACUUUCUCUCUCUACAAUUAGUGUUAAAAACGGCAUUUUUUCGUCCCAUAUAAAUCCCCCAAUUUUAGCGACGCUAUCAGCUCAUCUCUGCCCCUUCAUACUUUCUCUCUCCUCUUUUUUACUUUGCUUUUUUCGUAUCUGAAAAGGUCAAUAUUCCGGUGCCGUCCCUCGCCGGGGACAUAUAUUUUAAGUUAAAGAUGGUUUUACUGGUGAUGUAGUAUACAAGAAAAGAGCCAGAACACUUUCUUCUAGUGGUUGUGGAUCUCUUGCUCUUUAAAUAUGGGUUGCUUUCAUUCUACUGCAAGUAGGCAAUGUCCUGGACACGAAGACCCGGUUUUCCUUGCUUCUCAAACUGCUUUUAGUGUUAGUGAAGUUGAAGCGUUGUUCGAGCUGUUUAAGAGCAUAAGCAGUUCUGUGAUUGAUGAUGGGCUUAUAAGCAAGGAGGAAUUUCAGUUAGCUUUGUUCAAAAACAAGAAGAAAGAGAAUCUUUUUGCUAAUCGGAUCUUUGAUUUGUUCGAUGUUAAAAGGAAAGGAGUAGUUGACUUCGGUGACUUCGUCAGAGUGUUGAACGUCUUCCAUCCUAAUGCCUCCCAAGAGGAUAAGAUAGACUUCACAUUUAAGCUUUAUGACCUGGAUGGCACAGGAUAUAUUGAGCGUGACGAGGUGAGGCAAAUGUUGAUUGCAAUUCUAUGUGAAUCUGAACUGAAGUUGGCAGAUGAAACAAUCGAACAAAUACUUGAUAAGACAUUCAAAGAAGCUGAUGUAAAUCUAGAUGGAAAGAUUGAUAAAUCCGAGUGGCAUCAGUUUGUAACGAAAAAUCCUUCAUUGUUAAAAAUAAUGACACUCCAAUAUCUCAGGGAUAUCACGACGACAUUUCCUAGUUUUGUUUUCCAUUCAGAAGUUGAUGAAAUGGCCACUUAAGGAGCUGAUUAAAGCUGCUUGCAGUCCCCGUUAAAUUUGAUCCCUGGGGCAGAUUCUGCACAUAUAGCUAGACCCCACCUUAAUUUUUUGCCCUCUUGAACUAUUGUUAUCCCAACCAUUAAGAAGAGUUGAGGUGUGCUUAAGGUAGCCUGUGCAUAUUGUUUGUGUGUCGAAAAGUUGAGGUGUGCAGUAUCAGUUGUGCUCUGGCUUUCUAGUCUUAGUUUGUUAGAAUUAGAGAAAGAACAUCUAUCUUAAAAGGGAAAAGAGAACAUUAUAUUAAUACAUUCAAAAGCAGUUUACCUGUUGUCCCAUUCUCGGCUUUUCUACCCUAUGUACAUUAUAUUUGUGGUUCUACUGAAGCUGUGAAUCCUUGAUGGUGGCAACAAACAUGCCAUCUGCUUUUUGAGGCUUUGAGAGAAAUAUUGCUGUCGACUAUUGACUGUAAAGGAUAAUUGUUGGCAAAAUUGUAUAAUUUGACCCAAUAAGUGACAACUAAAUCUGGAUGGAAAUUUUGUAUUAUGUUUGUUUUCAGACGCGCAAGAACACGUGUCGAACAAACAUUAUGUCGGAACGUUUGUAAAGCAAUAGGAUAGUAGCAAAUUGCAAUAAUGGAAGCGUGAAGUAGUUGAGUUAGUUAGAAUCUCUUACGUCGGUAUAAUUGGUGGUUAUGCGUCAUUCUAGUCAACGUUUGGUUAUGUUGGUAUAAUUGGUGGUUAUGUAUCGUACCAGUCAAUGUUAGGUGCAGUUGGCCUAAUAGAGUUGAGGCAUGCAUGAUAACAAGAUUAACAACUUGUUUGAUGCCGCAUCGCAAUUGAAACCCUCAAGAGCUGCAAAGAGUAAAUAUAGAGUUGUAAAUGGGAUGUGAUCACAAGUCUUUUUGAUACUGAGUAAUUUCUAAUGUUGAUUUGACGAUAGCUGGAAGAAGCUAUAUAUGUAUAAUUGUAUCAAGUGUUUAUAAUAAAUUAUUGGUAUAUGUUCAAUGAUUUUCCAAAAAA